UGUUAGUUAGUUUUUUUUUCCUUGGUAAUGAUUUUAACAAAGGUGUCCCAUAAAUGCAAGCUCUGCUCUGACAGAAGCAAACCCAGCAGUGAGUUAAGAAAUCCAAGGAACAAGAUCUUGUCUUUGUAUCUGGGUAAAGUUGGUUCUAGAACUGUGAGGUUAAUUUUUUUUUUGGUUUCUUGUAUGCUUGAAUCAUAGUUCCACAAUUCUGGUUGGGUUAAAGAGUCUUCUUACUCUUGUUUCUUGUCUGCUUGAAUCAUUUGCUUUGGGGAAUGCAUCUCUGUGAUUCAAAAAGUAUCUUACAUAUUCAUAGACUCUUUUGAUUGUGUCAUCAAGCCAUAGGACUCUGUCUUUGCAUUUUAUUUCAUCAGAUAGUCAGGCAUAGAGGAAUGGAAAGACCCACUGAUGCAUACAAGGAAACUCAUAAGUCAUGACCUCACUCUUGCUGUAGACGAGACAUUGUUUGGUGGCCAGAGGAAGAAGAUGGAUCGUGUUAGCAAUCUUCCAGACGAGGUUCUUUGUCACAUACUCUCUUUCCUCACCACAAAGGAGGCCGCUCUGACAUCUAUUCUCGCCAAGAGAUGGCGCAACCUUCUCGCAUUCGUCCCUUAUCUCACCAUCGACGACUCCGCCUUCCUUCAUCCGGAAGACGGCAAACGGGACAGGCCAGAAAUCACACAGAGCUUCAUGGACUUUGUUGACAGAGUUCUGGCCUUGCAAGGCCAAAACUCCCCGCUAAAGAAGUUCUCCCUCAAGUGUCUCACCGUCGUCGAUACACAACGUCUAGAUGGUUGGAUCAGCAACGCGUUAUCUCGCGGCGUUUCGGAUCUUGACCUAGCAAUCAUUUUGGGUUGCAAAGAAGACGACGAUGAUGAUGAUGAUAAUUAUUACCAGCUCUCUCCGAAAUGCUUCGAGUGCAGCACGCUGGUUACUCUGAGAAUAGACUAUGGGAUUGAUAUCAACUUUAAUCGCAUUUCUUUACCGUUGCUUAAGACUCUGGUGCUUGACUCGGUUCAUGUUUGUCCUCACGAGUUCAACACUCUGCUUCACGCUCUGCCUUCCCUUGAGGAAUUGAUUCUGCUUGAUGUCGUGUGGAAAGAUACGGAUGAUCAUGUGACGGUCUCAAGCGCAAGCGUCGAGACCUUAACGAUCAGGGUAAACGAUUGUUUAAGCAGUUUAUCGUUUGACACACCGAGUCUCCUUCACUUUGUCUACUAUGGUUUCGUUGCGUCGGACUAUCCGUUGGUUAAUAUGGACAACUUGGUUGAUGCGGAAAUCAUCUUCUCCUUAAGUGAAGACCAACUCAAGCACCUUAGGGAACCAGAUCAUGUUUGGUUUGACGAGCAAGAGGCUCUCGCGUUUACUAAUGUGUGGAAACUCUUUCACGGCAUACGGAAUGUUCCGGAUCUUAGCUUGCGUCCUGAUACUAUUGAGGCCCUUUGUAUGUGCUCUGAAUCGAUCCCAGUGUUCAACAACCUCAAAUCAUUAGCUAUUACGAGUAACAAGGAUCGAGGAUGGCAAGCAAUGCCAGCUCUUCUAAGGAACUCUCCACAUUUAGAAACUCUACUCAUUCAGGGUCUGGUGCACCAUGUGACAGACGAGUGCGGGGAUGCUUGUGACUGCAUUUCUCGGGAGGAGAAAGGACUUUCACUCACGGUUUGUCCAGUGAAAGAGUUGGAGAUUCAAGGGUUUCGGGGAACGAUGAAAGAGAUGGCGAUGAUAAAGCAUUUCUUGGACUACUUUCCGUGUUUGAAGGAGAUGGAGAUCUAUGUUGAAGAGAAUGAUCCUACACAGCUAGGAAACCGUGAGAUUUCGAAACUUGUCCAGGAGAUGUUCGAACUCUACAACAAGUUGUCGAGUUGCAAUGUUCAGCUUCUGGUGAGCGAUUAUUUGGAGCAGAAGUGGCUGAAGAACAAAGCCAUCUCCUAGUUUUUUUUUUUUUUUUUGUGCCAAAACUCUCUUUUGGAAUUUGCAUGCAGUUUGGCUUUUUGUGUUUUAACUGUCUUGAAAACCGUCUCAGACUGAACCAAUAUCAUCAACCUUUACUAUCUAUGGAUGGGCUUGUUUUCAUUUGA